AUAAUUUUAGGUCAUGUGGAUGCUGGUAAAAGUACAUUAAUGGGUCAUCUUUUAUUUCAACUGGGUUCGGUGAAUAAACGAACCAUGCAUAAAUACGAACAGGAAUCAAAGAAAAUUGGUAAAAGUUCGUUUGUUUAUGCCUGGGUUUUAGAUGAAACAGAGGAAGAAAGAUCUAGAGGAGUGACUAUGGAUGUAGCUCAGACUCGAUUUGAAACACCUAAAAAACUUGUGACGUUACUCGAUGCUCCGGGACAUAAAGAUUUUAUACCUAAUAUGAUAACAGGUGCUGCCCAGGCCGAUGUAGCUAUACUAGUGAUAAACGCUACACGAGGUGAAUUUGAGACAGGAUUUGAUACUGGAGGUCAAACUAGAGAACACGCUCUAUUAGCUAGAUCUUUAGGUGUAUCUCAGAUUAUCGUAGCAGUUAAUAAAAUGGAUACUGUAGAAUGGAGUGAAGAGAGAUAUAAACAUAUUAUAACAACGAUAGGACAGUUUUUAAAACAGGCUGGUUAUCGGGAGAGAGAUGUAUCGUUUAUACCUUGUAGUGGACUAGUGGGGGUUAAUUUAACAGAUUCUAUCAAAGAUCCUGCUUUAUCAGUCUGGUAUACUGGUCCAACUUUAAUCAAACAGAUAGAUGAGUUUAAAUGUUUAGACAGACCAAUAGAUAAACCAUUUAGACUGAAUGUUGGUGAUAUAUUUAAAAGUUUAAUGGGAGGGUUUACUAUAUCAGGUCGUAUUGGUGCUGGGUGUGUUCAGGCUGGAGAUAAAGUUUUAGUUUUACCUCAUGGUAGUAUGGCUAGUGUUAAAUCUGUAUUGAUAGAUGAAUAUUCAACUAAUGUGGGGUUUGCUGGAGAUAACGUCACUCUGUCUAUAGUUGGUGUUGAAAUGGCUCACAUUAAUAUUGGAAGUAUGUUAUGUGAUCCUCUCUCUCCGUCGAAGUGUGCCAUGAAAAUUCUGGCUAAGAUUGUGAUAUUUAAUUUAGAAGUUCCAAUAACUCGUGGUUUCCCAGUUGUGUUUCAUUAUUUAUCUGUUAACGAACCUGCUGUAAUUAAACGAUUAGUCAGUCAAUUAAACAAAUCAACUGGUGACAUCGUUAAAAAUAAACCCAAAUGCCUGGUGAAAAAUACAAGUGCUGUAGUAGAGAUAGAGUUUGAUAGACCAACAUGUUUAGAGUUAUAUAAAGAUUUUAAAGAUCUAGGAAGGUUCAUGUUACGUAAUAAUGGUCACACGAUAGCAGCCGGUCUGGUAGAGGAGGUAAGUAAUAUACUAUAA